ACAAACAAACACACAGCAAGAGAGAGAGAGAGCGAGUCACAAAUAAAAUAUGGCGUAUCGAAAGCCAAGCGAUUUGGAUGGCUUCAUUCAACAGAUGCCCAAGGCGGAUAUGCGCGUCAAAGUGCAGCUGGCCGAAGAUCUGGUGACAUUCCUCAGCGACGACACCAAUUCAAUUGUGUGCACAGACAUGGGCUUCCUCAUUGACAACCUGAUGCCCUGGCUAACUGGCAGCCAUUUCAAGAUCGCACAAAAGUCACUCGAGGCCUUCUCGGAGCUAAUCAAGCGUCUGGGCAGCGAUUUCAAUGCGUACACAGCGACAGUGUUGCCCCAUGUCAUCGAUCGUUUGGGCGACAGUCGCGAUACGGUGCGCGAGAAGGCCCAACUCCUACUUCGCGAUCUGAUGGAGCACAAAGUGCAAACGGCCCAGACACUAGUCGACAAACUGGCGACGAGUUGCUUCAAGCACAAGAAUGCCAAAGUGCGCGAGGAAUUCCUGCAGACGAUCACAAAUGCCCUGCACGAGUAUGGAACACAACAGUUGAGCGUCCGUGUCUAUAUUAAUCCCGUGUGCAGUCUGCUCGGUGAUCCGACGGUGAAUGUACGCGAGGCCGCCAUCCAGACGCUUGUCGAGAUCUACAAGCAUGUCGGUGAUCGUCUGCGGCCAGAUUUAAGGAAGAUCGAUGAUUUGCCCGCCUCAAAGCUGGCCCUGCUCGAACAGAAAUUCGAUCAGGUCAAGCAGGAGGGUCUGCUGUUGCCGUCGGCCCUGAAGAAUGGCAAUAGUCUCGAUGAGGCCGACAACAUUGGGCAACGCGAGCGACCCACAAAGAUCGUUAAACGUCAACUGCACUCCGCGUCCUCCUCGUCAUCGUCAUCGUCCAUGUUGAUGAUGCGCCAGAAGCCAAAUCCGAAUGAUGUGGCCGGCGAUGCUGGUGCCGUCACCAUGGAGAUCUUUGAGGCGAGCUUUGAGCAGGUGCCCCAAUUGACAAUAUUCCAUGCCAAGGACAUGGAUGACAUCUACAAGCAAAUCUUGCUGAUUAUAAGCGAUAAGAAUGCAGCCUGGGAGAAGCGUGUGGAUGCCUUGAAGAAAAUCCGUGCCCUUCUGCAGCUCAAUUAUCAGGCACAGCCACAGUUUAUAGCCGUGCAGCUGAAGGAGCUAUCGAUUGGCUUCCUCGACAUACUGAAGGAGGAGCUGCGCUCGCAGGUGAUACGCGAGGCGUGCAUCACCAUUGCGUACAUGUCCAAGACGAUGCGCAACAAGUUGGACGCGUUCUGUUUUAGCAUAUUGGAGCAGCUCAUUCUGCUCAUUCAGAACUCGGCCAAGGUGAUUGCGUCCGCUUCGACGCUGGCGCUCAAGUACAUUAUUAAGUAUACGCAUGCGCCGAAGCUGCUCAAGAUUUAUACGGACAUGUUGCAGCAGUCCAAGUCGAAGGAUAUACGCUCCACGCUCUGUGAACUGAUGGUCCUGCUCUUCGAGGAGUGGCAAACGAAACCGCUCGAACGACAUUCGAUUAUUCUGCGCGACACCCUGAAGAAAUCGCUGGGCGAUGCGGACAGCGAGGCACGUCGUCAAUCUCGUCUCGCCUACUGGGCCUUUCGACGGCACUUUCCCGAUCUGGCGGAUCAGAUCUAUGGCAAUCUGGACAUUGCUGCCCAGCGUGCCCUGGAAAAGGAACGCAAUGGCGGGGGAGGUACCUCAAAUGGUGGCAGCCAACAAUCGCUGGACUCGCGACGCACUGUGGCCCCCUCCUCGCGCAUUGGACGCACGCCGAACACCCUGCAGAAGGCGACGCCCAGCAUUCGUUCCAUAUCCGCGGUAGAUACGGCGGCGGCCCAGCGUGCCAAGGCCCGUGCUCAAUACACGCUCUACUCCCGUCAAAAGAAACCCGUCGCGUUGACCAACUCCUUGAAUCCGACUGGAGGUGGAGCUGGCAGUGGCACGUUGCCGCGACCACGUCUCAAUUCCAAUAGCCACAGCGGCAGCAGCGGCGUUGCCGGAGCACAUCAGACAAUUUCACCGGGUGCCGUGACACCCACCUCGAGGAUUGGACGUUCACGCGCCGGCGUCUCACAAUCGCAGCCCGGCUCACGUUCCACAUCGCCCAGCACGAAGAUGCGUGAUCAUUAUGGCAUGGGCAGCUAUUAUCAUCGAGGUGGCGCCACGGGUGCCAUACCCAAGAAGGCAUCGGGCAUACCGCGCAGCACGGCCAGUUCGCGAGAGACGAGUCCCAAUCGCUUGGGUAGCGCCGGCGGUGGCCUGAUGAAGCGUAGCAUCUACUCGACGGGCUCCUCGAGACGGACACCGGAACGCAAUAAUCCGGUGCGCAGCACAGCUGCAUCUCGACUGCUGGCGCAAUCACGCGAGGCCGAGAACACACUGGGCCCCACGGAUGUGGAUGCCACGGAUUACAUGUCCGGUGAUUUUAUGCGUGCGGGCGGUGGCAUGCAUCGCAUGGGUCGCAAAUUGCUCGGGCGCGACGAGUCCGAUGACAUUGACUCGGAGGCGAGUUCGGUGUGCUCGGAGCGUUCCUUUGACUCGAGCAAUACGCGUGGCGGCAACAACAGCAACUCGAAUUAUUCGUUGAGCGGAUCCCGCAAUCGGCUCGACUGGAGCAACAGUCAGCCGCAGCGAGCACCCUUCGACGAUAUCGAGACAAUCAUACAGUAUUGCGCCUCGACACACUGGUCGGAGCGCAAGGAUGGUUUGAUUAGCCUCACCCAGUAUCUGACCGAUGGCAAGGAGUUGACACAGCAGCAGCUCCAGUGCGUACUCGACAUGUUUCGCAAAAUGUUCAUGGACACGCACACAAAAGUCUAUUCGCUGUUCUUGGACACGGUCACCGAACUGAUUCUCGUCUAUGCGCCCGAAUUGCACGAUUGGUUGUUCAUCCUGUUGACGCGGCUGUUUAAUAAACUGGGCACCGAUCUACUCAACUCGAUGCACAGCAAGAUCUGGAAGACAUUGCGCGUCGUCCACGAAUACUUUCCCUCGGAGCUGCAACUGAAGGAGCUAUUUCGGAUCAUUUCGGACAAUACACAGACGCCGACAACAAAGACACGCAUCGCAAUCCUACGCUUCCUCACCGACCUGGCCAACAUGUACGGCAAGAGCAGUGAUUUUCCCAGCGAUCACAGUGCCAGCUGUGAGCGAACCAUCCUCAAGCUCGCCCAACUGUCCAACGAUCAGAAAUCGAUGGAGUUGCGUUCGCAUGCGCGUCUCUGCUUGGUUGCCCUCUAUCAUUUGAAUACGCCACAGAUGACCAAGUUGUUGGCCACGUUGCCCAAGGGCUGUCAGGAUACGGCGCUGUUAAGCAUCCAGUCGCAUAUGCGCCGGCAAAGCAGUGGCGCCAAUUCACCGAGCAUUUCGCCGUUGAGCAGCAGCAGCCCCAAACCGUUGCAGAGCCCCAGCGUUGGGGGUCCGUUUGCCUCGCUCAACAUGAGCAUCAAUAUGAAUUCUAGUCCGAGAUCGCGUCAAUCGUCUGUGGAGCAGGAGCUGCUCUAUGGCUGCUCUGAGCUCGAGGUGCAGCACAAUAUACAAAAGACCUCCGAGGAGAUACGACACUGUUUCGCCGGUGGCCAAUACCAUUCCCUGGUCGCACCCAAUGGCUACAAUGGCCAUCAUCUGCAGUACACCAUUGAGCAGCAACAGCAGCAGCAGCAGCAACGAGAUUUGACAGCGCAGCAGGACUCGCUGUCAUCCAAUUCGAAGACAACACAAUCCUCAGCAAACACAACGCAAUCGAAUACACCGGAAUCGGCGACAAUGCGACUGGAUGCAGCUGCUCCUCCAUCGCAACCGAAGGCAAAAAUCUCGCUGACUUUCGCCGCUAAUGGUGAACUGAUAUUACCCGGUGAUCUGCUCGAGAGCGAAGUGAUGCGGAUCGCCCUCACCCUGAAUAAGGAUCAACCGGUGGAUCAGCUGCAGACUGGGCUGGCCAAUCUGGGCAUCUGCAUCCGUGGCGGCAAUUGUGAUCUGCCCAAUAAGCACUUCAAAUCGAUAAUGCGCAUGCUGCUCCACAUGCUCGAGGCAGAGCAUACGGAUGUGCUCAUCUCCGGCCUCCAUGUGCUCAGCAAGAUCGUGCGCAGCGACAAGAUGCGUCACAAUUGGCUCAACUUUCUCGAGCUCAUCCUGCUGAAGAUCAUGAAUUGCUAUCAACACAGCAAAGAGGCACUGCGUGAAAUUGACACAAUGAUCCCGCGGAUUGCGCCUGCUCUGCCCCUCGAUCUGACGAUCAAUAUUGUGAAUCCGGUGAUAGCGACGGGUGCCUUUCCCGCCAAUCUGUGUGCGAUCAAAAUCCUGCUCGAGGUGACCGAACACCAUGGCACCGAUAUCACCGAUGCCCAUCUGGAUAUUGUGUUCCCAAAUUUGGCACGUUCCGCCGACGAUCAGCAGUCGAUGGUGCGCAAGGCGGCCGUCUUUUGCAUUGUCAAGCUGUACCUUGUGCUCGGCGAGGAGAAGGUCAAACCCAAGCUAUCCGUGAUGAAUCCCAGCAAGGUGCGUCUGCUCAACGUCUACAUUGAGAAGCAGCGCAACUCCAGCCACUCGGGCGGUGGCUCCACAAAGAACUCGUCGGCCGCCUCAUCCUCAUGAUUGCAAGCCAAUGUUCAACGCUCACACACACACACACACCAACAGCCACACACACACCAACAGCCACACCCACACACGCCCACACACACACACACCCCCCUCGAACACACACAAAGACACUGAGGCAGCGUCUUCAUUUGCCUAUGCAAGAAAGUGAAAGGUAAUAAAUUCAAGCAACACACACACGAUUGAUGAUUAUAUAAUAACGAUCAACAAUACAUAUAAUAAUAAUACAAACUAAUUAUUUAUAAAAAACAAAAAAAAAACAAACAAACAAAAAGAAAAUUCUAAUCUAAUUAUUACUGAUGACGAUCAGAAUCAAUAAUUGUGUAAUUGUUUAUUAUUAAUACACGCAUAGAAAACAAACAAACAAAUAAAAAACAAAAAUAAAACCAAUUGUAUCGACAGGAACAGAACAAACUAUUUAUAUACGUCAUUAACUAAAAACAAACAAACAAAAAAAAACUAAAAGUAAAACAAACUUGUAGCCAACUGUCAGUCUCCCAACACACACACAACAAAACACACACACACCCAGUUGUUUGCUAUAUUAUUGUUUCUUCUUCUUUUGUUUCUUAUCAAUUUAGUCACUUAACCGUUUAAUUUCCUUUAGUUUGUAAGCCUCUGAAA